UUUUUUCUUUGUCAAAACAACAUCGAAACCACGACUAUAUGUGCUACAUGAUAAAGCUCUAACUUUCAUGACCAUCAGCUUCGGACUAUUCCAAGCAGGAAAAAUGAUAUUGGGAACUCCCUGUGUGAUUGCAUUUUUGAUAUAUAAAUGGCGUAGGAGACAAUUAUCGAUAUAUGAUGCUGUUGAAGAAUUUUUGCAAAGUCACAAUAACCUCAUACCAAUAAGAUACUCUUACUCAGAAAUUAGGAAGAUGACUAAAAAUUUCAAUCAUAAAUUGGGUGAAGGAGGUUAUGGCACUGUUUUUAAAGGAACGCUUCGAAGUAGUCAUCAUGUGGCUGUAAAGAUGUUAGGUAAGUCAAAAGUUAACGGACAAGAUUUUAUCAAUGAAGUUGCAACCAUCGGAAGGAUUCACCAUAUUAAUGUAGUGCAACUCAUUGGUUUUUGCGUUGAAGAAUCAACACGAGCUCUUGUAUAUGAGUUCAGGCUUAAUGGCUCCCUGAAUAAAUAUAUAUUCUCCUCAGAAGUAAGUACCCUCCUCAGCUAUGAAAAAAUGUAUGAUAUAGCUCUAGGAGUGGCUCAUGGAAUUGAAUAUCUACAUCAAGGAUGUGACAUGCAGAUUUUGCAUUUUGACAUCAAGCCUCACAACAUUCUUUUUGAUGAGAAUUUUACUCCUAAGAUUUCUGACUUUGGAUUGGCAAAACUAUAUCCAGUAGAUGACAGCAUUGUUUCUUUGACUGCUGCAAGAGGGACAUUAGGAUAUAUGGCUCCUGAGUUGUUCUACAAAAAUAUUGGAGGUGUCUCAUACAAAGCUGAUAUUUACAGUUUUGGAAUGUUAUUAAUGGAAAUGGCGGGUAGAAGAAAGAACUUGAAUGCAUUUGCUGAUCAUUCAAGCCAAAUAUAUUUUCCUACUUGGGUCUAUGACCAAUUGCAUGACGGAAAUGACGUUGAAAUAGAAGACGCCACAGAGGAUGAAAAGAAAAUAGUUACAAAGAUGAUCAUAGUUGCAUUAUGGUGUAUUCAAAUGAAACCUAGUGAUCGCCCUUCGAUGAGCAAAGUCAUAGAAAUGCUUGAAGGAGAAGUUCAAUCCUUACAAAUGCCUUCCAAGCCUUUCCUAUCAUCACAAGAAAGACCCCUAUCAGAAGAUGGAGAGACUUCGAGCCAAGCUUUCUCAUCCAUUCAAACAAAUGUGUCCAGUUAACCAUUUUAAUUUCAAUUGCAAAAUAAUUGAUAAGAGUAUGUUGAUUUAAUCCCCAUUGAAAUGGACAAUUAGUUUUCUCA